AUGCCGCCAGUGAGGACCAAAACAUUCAGCCUCCUCUGCUUACUACUGGGCGAACACCCCAGGCAGAUAUUCAAGGUCAAGAUUGUGUCAACGAAGACCGUCAGUGACCUGAAAGAGUUGAUCAAGGAAAAGAAAACUGCAUUUCGCGACCUGGAUGCAGAUGCUCUCCAGCUAUGGAAGGUCGACCUGCUUGUCGACAACACCCUCAAGCAUAAUGUCAACAAUAUCAAGCUAGACCAGCAGCAACUAUUAUCAGCUGUGGAUGCAAUGUAUGAGGUUUUUGACAGUCCUCCUCAGCCCAAGCACCUGCAUAUUCUUGUCCAGCCAUUACCUGCUGCCGGCCACUCGUUGAUCAAUCUCAACUGCCUAGUAUUAGGCGACCACUGUGAGAACAUAUUCACGGUCAAGAUUGCAUUGAUGGACACUGUUAAUAACUUGCAAGAGUUGAUCAAGAAAAAGAAAACUGCAUUUUGCGACCUGGAUGCAGAUGUUCUCCAGCUAUGGAAGGUCGACCUGCCUGUCAACGACUCCUUAGAGCAUACUGUCAAUGAGCUCGAACUAGAUCCACAGAAAGUAUUAUUGACUGUGAAUGGAAUGUUCAAGUUUUUUGACAGUCCUCAGUAUAAGCACCUGCAUAUCGUUGUCGAACCACGACUUCCUUAUGGCAACCGCAGCCAUUUGUGA